UGAUUGUGUUUGUUUUAGUGACGACAGGUUCAGGCAGAGUCCAUGACGACAGUGUGUGAGUGUGUAUGAGGUGAGCUGAGGGUGGACGGGGCUCAGAGAGCAAAAGCUGAGCCUACAGACGCGCACGCAGUCCUCAAGACAGAAAACCUCAAGACCAUGACGAUUGGCAAGAGCUCCAAGAAGAACAAGGCUCCUCGCUCUCCUCCUUUUUUGGACCGGGCCAGUGGAUUCUAUGGACGUUUAGAUGAAACGGAAGCUGAGUUGGGGAAGGAGGCGGAGACCAGAGGGAAAGAGCCAGCAACAAAGACCACAGUGGGAGAAAGGAGCAGCGUGGAGGGAGUCACAGAUGAACAAGAGCAUAGCAUUUUUGACUUCAACCAGGGCAUGAUGGAAGACGACGGGGCCACACUGCUGCAGAGAAAGCCCAGCCGCCUGAGUCGCCGCUGGAGCAGAAAAAGCUCCAGGAGGACCAAGGCUGAGCAAAACUGCCUGGAGAGGGAGAGCCAAAGCAAAGGAACUGAGACUGAGAGAGCUUCUGCUGUGGAUCAGAACCCGGACGUGCAGUCUGAAACCAAAGCUGAAGCAGGAUCCACCAGCAGAGCUCCAGAACCAAUGCUGGUCCACUUCUCCAUCAGAGAGGAAGCUGAUGAUCAGGCGCUCAUCUCAGAAAGAAAGGAGAAACAGAGGGAGAUGGAGGAGAAGAAGAGAGGAGAGAUGGAGGGGAAAACAGGCGGAGAAAAUAUGAAGGUCAUGAAAAGGAGCACACUCAGGAGUUAUCGCAAGGCCUUUGACAGAGCGCUCCGUAGAGGCUGGGAGACCUUUGUUGCGAACCUGUACAGCGUGACCCUCACACCCAUCUCCUCCUCCUCAUCCUCACAGACCACAUCCACAAUGAACAAAAACAUUGCUCUGGCAGAGUACAGAUAAUAUAGAAUCAGAAACUGCUUUGUUUUGCAAAUGACAUCUACAUUUUAGUAAUUAAUUGACUGAAAAUGUGUUCCAAUAUAAUAUUUAUUAUAAUAUUUUGGGACAAACUGUAUUUUUAUUUGAGUUGUUUAUAUAUUCCCUGUUACGUAAUCCAGGUUUAUUACUAUUAAUCAUAAAACUGUACAGCAUUUACAGUCUGCUGUAUAGCUCAGGGUUUAUAGUUGCACUAAUGGAAACAUGUAUCUUAUGUCCACUGUAUAAUUUAUACCGAUCUGUUAUUUUUACGGUCCUAUACUGUGUAAAAUUCAGAGUUCAGUGCUGAUCUUGUUUUAGGACGGUUUGCAUUGCGGAGCCUGAGAAAGCAAGGUUAAAAUGCUUACUUUUGAAUACUUGGCUUUUGCCUUACAUGUAGUGCUGACUGGGGGCAAAAUGAACUAACACACUGUUCCUGCCUACAUAAACACAAGGCCUUUGGCCUAGAGAACAUGUACCCCCUCACACCACCUACUGGAGCGUUUUAGGACUUCUUCCAAAUGUUAUGAAACAGAAGAGCUGGGAACAGAAUAAUGGAGACAGAGGGCUUUGGCUUUUCUGAAAUCUCCAACACUGGGAGCUCAACUUAACUUUUUUUUUCAGAACCCUCUUCAUUACAUUAAUUAGUAUCUUUUUGGCCAUGAAGUGUAUGACUGAGCCAGCUGAUUGAGCUAUCUGUAUUGAUCACAAAAUAUGUGUAAAGAAUUAAUACAUCUUAAGAAAAUAGUUUCUGAUCAAAAGCAUAGGUGGUCAAGAGUUCUACGUAAGGGUCUGUUUGUUUAUUUUUUCUUUCAAUUUUAAGAAUUAGGAAAAGGCAAUGGAAACUUUUUUUAUAAUUAUUUUUAUUAUUUUAAUGUGUCAAUUCAAAGUUUCCUUUUCAACAUAAUAUCAUUCUUUCCAAGUUGUGUAAUAAAGAGAAAUGAAACAUGAGACAUUACAAUCAA